UGCAAUCUCCCUUAACAACAAAAGAAGAAGAAGCUUUUUCUUGCCAGAUCGCGUCUCGUGUUUCUAAAAAGAUAUGUACCAUCAACGUAUUUUAGAUGUGUAGAUAACUGUUGAAUAACCGGGUAUUUUACUGCUAUCCAGCUUUAUACAGUACUACAGUAAUAGAUACCAAACCACACGAGGCAACUAACUAGCUAGCCAGUCAACUUGCAGCACAAUGGAGUUCCCAGAUGGUUUUAACCAGCUGGAGCUCUUGAAGACGCAUGGGCACCUAAUUCCCCGUGGAGGCCAUAGCCUGUGGCCAGGAAAGGAGGGGGAGGAGGAAGAUGAGGAGGAGGAGGAGGAGGAGGAGGAAGAAGAGGGGGAGCACAAUGAGGAGUGGUACACCCAGAGAGAGGAGAGGCUGAAGGGGAGACCACAGGAUCUCAUACUAUGGGCGGCAGAAAAUGACCGUCUGACGACAGUCCAGAGGUUGCUGUCAGGUGACCCUUCACUGGUGCACUGCAGAGACACAGAUGGGUACACCCCGUUACACCGCGCGGCAUACGGAGGUCAUGUUGCCAUGGUGCCCACACUACUGGUGGCGGGAGCGGACAUUGACCUCCGCACGGUCGAUGGAUGGACGGCACUCCAUAGUGCGUGUCGCUGGGGCCGCGUAGUCGUGGCAACCCUUCUUUUGCAUAGAGGGGCAGAGCUUAACAGCCAGACCAAUGGCGGGCUCACACCACUGCACCUGGCCGCCUCCCACACCAGCCGAUCACCUGCAGACUCCGCCCACACGCUUGAGCUCCUGCUCUCGCAGCGCCAUCUGCAGCCGUGGAUUGUCAGCAGCGGAGGAGAGACUGCGAGCGAGGUUGCCAGGCGGAGCGGACCGCAUCACUUCCUGUUUGAGAUGGUGGAAGACUCUAUUGGCGUGUUGCCUCCGUGCUGAACUCCCCUACCUCUUACCCUUGCUUGCUUCCAUGGACAUUUUGAAUGUGUACAUGUCUUAUUGCAAAUUACUCUCAAUGUGAACUCAGAAUAAACCACACUAGAACAAUACCAACAAAAACAUUGGUUCCCCUUCCAUGGUAAAUAUCUACAAUGGCAAUGCAAGUGUACAGUUUAGAGCGUACAUCCCACUUAUCUGAAGUCUUUCAGAAGCAUUUUUCCUCAACCAAAAAUAUCAUGAGCCUCCAUAAUAAAGUGGUGACGUGAUUCACAGCAACCCCCUGGAGCAGUACAAGGCGUUACUCUUCCUACUGGAUACACGUAGGCCUACACCUGUUUGUAGAACAGAAGAACUCAUACAGACGCCAAUAGGUUUUGCAGAUGAAGUUCAUAAUCCAACUGUAUUGGUUGUCAUGGGAACUGAGUGGCAGCUGUUUGAGCGGCCA